CCGGAUAUCGAUUCGCGCAUCUGGAAAUGCCUGCGUUGAAGCUCUUCGGUCGAAAAUGGUUGGCCGCAACCGACGAUCUCGUAUACCCAGGCCUGUUCGAAUUAUUUAUUCGUAUUGUAUGGUUGAUUCUUAUAGGGAUCGCCUGCGCAAGGUACUACGAGGAUACGUGGAAUUGUCGGUUGGGAGGUGAAUUAGUGCGCGUGUACCUCCUCGGCGAAGCGGUCAUGCUUGGUAUCGUCACGCUUUUGAUACUCAUCAUUAUCAGGCAUAGCGCGAGGGGGGCUAUCAUGGACACGCAUGCCCGACGCUACGUCGAACCGCUUCUGCUGGUCAAGAUAUUGAUGCUACUGCCAGAGAUCGGAUGGAACAUUCUGGGUACUCUAUGGAUUUUCGGACAGAGUGUGGAGUGCAGGCAUGAAUCAUACUCUAUUACGGUCGUGGAGGCCUUGGUGUUCUUCGAUUGGAUCUUGAUCGGUCUCAGCAUCUUCGGCCUCGCCCUAGUAUUCGACCCAAUUGGCUCUCUGGAGAAAAAACAGCUAGAGAACUCCGUGGAGCACGGCAAGGUCUCGCGUAUUUGGCUGAGGAGAUUCAAGUUCCUGUGGUGGAUGCGUAAGGACGAGAGUGCGAACGAGGCCUUUCAACAAGUCGCUGGUCUUUUAACUGCUUUAUUCCGAGGCACGGAUUUGGUUCCUUCGGAUGUGAUGGCAGGAUGUAUUUUACUGAGAGUCCGGCAGAAGCGAGAAACUCAUGAAUUGCGAAAAUUAAAUCUAAUUGCGCGUCCAAAAUACUCUUCAGACAGUAGCGGGAUUUUUUCGAGCGCACCUAACUGGAUGUCCUUGGAAGCCGCCCAUCACUUUCUGCAACUAUCGAUCGCUUCCUACGGCUGGCUUUUCGUAGUAUAUCAGCACGCAUGUACCGGAUGUUUUCGUUUAAUAAGCGGCAUGAGAUGCUGUGCUUGUUUCCGACGAAAGCGUAACAUUAUUUUAGACGAUAACUGUUGUCUCUGUUAUCUUUCUGGAGUAAAAUACCUGUCAAAGAUAUCUGAAGAUGAUAUUCUAUUCGCUUCCUUCAAGAAUCAUUUAUGCGAAAUACCAUUCUGUGUAAUGGUUGAUCACAAGACUGCCAGUAUUGUUGUGGUUAUACGAGGAUCAUUAUCGUUGCGGGAUAUAAUUACUGAUUUUGCAGCCUCGUCUGAUUCAUUUGAAUGUCCUGGUAUUCCACCAGGAAGCACAGCCCACAAAGGCAUGAUAAUAGGAGUAAAAAUAAUCUUAAAACAAUUGGAGAAUUAUAAAGUCCUGGAAAGAGCAUUCGCCACGUAUCCCAAUUAUCAUCUGACACUUACUGGUCAUAGUUUAGGAGCCGGUUUAGCCAUUUUGCUGGGUUUACUGAUACGUCCUCGUUAUCCAGAGUUGAGAGUCUACGCGUUUGCUACACCUGCUGGAUUGCUCAGCAGAGAAGCUGCUAGGGUCACGGAGGAAUUUGUAUUGACUAUAGGACUUGGCGAUGAUCUCGUAAUGAGACUGAGUGUGGAUAGUACAGAGAAUUUAAGGACGUCAUUACUGACAACUCUUCAUGCUUGUCGAUUACCUAAGUACAGAGUAGUCCUAAACGGAUUUGGAUACGCUUUGUUUGGAGUUCCCGACAGAGAUCUGACUAAAACAUGGGCCAAUCAUAACAUAAUUAACACAAUCCCGGGUCAAUCGCCUUUGCUGACCAAACACAACGAUGUGGAUAAAAUAAUAGAGCGCGAUAUAACAAAAAGAAGAUAUUCAAAAAUGAAACUGUUUAAUGCUGGUCGUAUACUUCAUAUAGUGAGAUGCAAACUUGAAAAAACGGAAGGAAAGAGCAAGAAACAACUCGCAAAGGAGAGAAAAUACGAGAUGCGAUGGGCACAAGCGGAAGAAUUUACGAAAUUAUCAGUAAUGCCACGCAUGCUUUUGGAUCACUUACCAGAAAAUAUAGAGCGGGCUUUAGCCACAUUAAUGGAGCAACAAAACGAUGUACCAUAUUAUUUCGAUCCUUAGUGUAAC